AUGAAGGUCGAGACGAUGGCGAUGAUGGCCGCGCUGGCAACGUCCGCUCUGGGCAGCUCGCCGGUGACGGACUACAACGUGUACUCGCGGUACUGGGGUCAGCUAUCGCCGUAUGCGUCCAACGCGGACGACCUGUUCGGGGUCAACGACGUGGGCGUGCCGGCCGGCUGCGGACUGGAGCAGGCACACCUGCUGCAGCGCCACGCGCAGCGUUUCGGCACGGGCGAGUUUGACGAUGCGCCCAACGACGCGACCUUUGGCGACCGCGUGGCAUCAUGGCAGGCGCGCCGGGCCAAGAGCACGCGCAACAGCAGCUGCUCGGCCUUUUCCGGUCCGCUCGCCUUCCUCAACCAGUACUCGUACACGCUGUCGGAGAGCGUGCUGACCGGCAUCGGGGCCACGACCGAGUUCAGCAACGGCGUCGCCUUCUGGAACCGCUACGGCCGUCUGCUCUACGGCGCCGUGCCCGGCCAGGUGGCCUACAACGGCAGCUUCACCAACGGCACGGCCAGGCCGAAGCCGGUCCUUCGCACCACCAGCCAGAGCCGGAUCCGGAACUCGCAGAUCAGCUGGUCGCUCGGCUUCUUCGGUCCCAGUUUCAGCGCCACGCCCAACCCGAUGCUCGACGGCUGGACCGACGCCUUUGACGUCGUCGUCAUCACCGAGGGCGGCACCGAGAACAACACGCUCGCCGCCUACGACAGCUGCCACGACGACACCAUCGAGCCGGUCAUCGACAUCGGCGACCAGGACCUCUGGGGCUACCUGUCCAUCUACCUGGCCGCUGCCACCAAACGGCUGCAGCCCUUUGCGCCCGCUGGCUUUGUUCUCACCGUCAACGACACGUACGCCAUGCAGAGCAUCUGCGCCUAUGAGACCGCCUACAUUGGCGAGUCGCCCUUCUGCAACCUCUUCACGCUCGACGAGUGGGCCGGCUUCGAGAACACGCUCGACAUCGAGUACUACUACGACUACACCUACGGGAACCCGACUGGCCGUGCUCAGGGCAUUGGCUACCUCCAGGAACUCCUCGCCCGUCUGACCAACCAGCUGAUCUACUCGAGCAACUCGAGCAUCAACGCCUCUCUGACCAACAACGAGCACGACUUCCCCCUCGGCCGUCCUUUUUACGCCGACUUCAGCCACGACGACAUUAUCGUGUCCGUCCUGACUGCCAUGUCGCUCGAUUACUUCCGCGACCCGCCCUCGCUGUCCCAGUGGCCGCCCAACCCCAACCGUGCCUUUGUGCUCUCGCAUCUGACACCCUUUGGCGCCCAUCUGGUCACCGAGGUCUACGGCUGCGCUGAUGCUGAUCCCACCGCCGUCACUGCCCACCAGACCCUUUACAAGCUCUCGGACACGGGCUACAACGCCUCGGCCGCCCCCCACAAAUUCGUCCGCAUGCGCCUCAACGAGGGCAUCCUGCCGCUGAACACCGUUCGCGGAGGUGCCUGCUACGGCCGCACCGACGGCCUUUGUGCUCUCGACUCCUUCCUCGAGAGUCAGGCCAACGCCACCGCCAUGGCCAACUACCAGUACGCCUGCUUCGGCAACUGGACCCUGGCCGAUCCGUUCAGCGGCGCCGACUACGAUGGUACCAUCUUUGAGUAG